AUGAUUAUCUCCAACUUUCUCUGGAUAGUCAGUGCGAUUGCAUCCCUCGCCAGUGCAGUCGAAUGCCCAAGAUGUGACUUUGUCCUCUGUCGCAACUACCAAGAGAGAGCUGUAAACAACUACAUCGACACUUGGAAUGGAGACUUUAGUCUCGAAAAUAUAACAUUCGCACCAAAUGUUAGCCUGUACCAAGACCGGUUGCCAGGUUCCAAUGGCUCCAUAGAGCUGCCCAUUGGGACGUCUAGCGAAUUCAUCAAGUUUAUGAAGAUGGCACAUACCGGCUGGAAUCACUACCAAUUUGUUGUCCAUAACGUUGCGUUUGAUAAGUAUAAUGUUAUUAUUCGGUGGGCGUUGAAUGCAACAGUUGGGCCGCAUGACAAAAUGAUCAUUCCGAUCAAUAAGCCUGAAGGGACUCAUAUUACAUACAAUGGUACAGAUUGGUUGUACCUCGAUCACUGCACGGGCAAGAUCAAACAGGUCGACUCUGCACAAGAUUACAUCACUGCAUUGCAUGCACAAGGGCUUACGGAAAUCAAGAUUUGA